CUUGUUAAAGCAAUUUAUAAUAUUGGCAAACAUCCUUUCCUCUUACCCUAUAAAGGAUUCUUCGAUCUUACCCUGAUAAAAAAUAUUCACCAACCAAAAAAAACUAUUGCGUACGGACAAGUUGUUCAAAAUGGAAAAUAAUAUGAAUGAUUCUUCUUCUCAAAAGGGUUUAGUUAAUGAGCUUGUUGGAGGAAGAGAUCUUACUAAGCAACUUCAAAAGAUGAUUCUUAGUAAUGAACUAAGAUCCUCUUGUAAUAAUGUGUACGGACAAGUUAUUCAAAAUAUUUUGGCUAAGUUUGAGAAGUCACUACAAAUCUUGCAGUUCGAUCCAGACGAGCAAUCUCAAUUUCAACAAUCAAAUAAUGAUUCUCCGUUUAGCGGAAGUCCUAAAAGUCAAGAUUUUGAUCGAGAUGUUAAAAAUUCACUUGAUCAUAAGAAUGAUUCCAAGAAAAAGAGAAAGCACGUUGUUCGAAUCACAAAAAGAGUUGAAGGUUGUGCAAGUAGUGGACUUGAAGGACCAAUUGAAGAUCAAUUUAAGUGGAGAAAGUAUGGACAAAAAGACAUUAAUGGAGCCAAAUUUCCCAGGGCAUAUUUUAGGUGUACCAAUAGAAAUGAAGGAUGUUUAGCCACAAAACUAGUGCAAAGAAGUGAAGAUGAUCCUUCCUCCUUUAAUGUCACUUAUCUUGGAGCCCAUAAAUGUUCUCAAGCAUCUUCUUCUUUUUCUUAUCCCUCCAUUAUCAAAAACCGUAAACCCAACAAAAUUGAACCUCCUUUAGAAACCCUAGCUCAUCCUUCUUGUCAACAAUCAAAAGAAAACAUGUUGAUCUUUCAAAAUCACAAUAACCCAUUUUCAAUUUCCUUCCCAUCUUCUUCAAACCCUAUAGUUGAUGAUAAUAAUAUUUGUUCAAAUUCAAGUUAUUGCACAAAUAUUAACUUCAAUGAUCAAGUCUUCAAUGCAUCUACAACUUUAGAACCUAAUUCUUCAUUUAUUGCACCAAUUCAUCCUUUGUUUGAUCUAAGGUGAUGACUUUGAUCAUGAUUUUGAUCUUAACCCAAAUUUUUUUCAAUAAUGCUUUAGUUAGACAUGUAAAGGGUGUUUGGAUUGCAAGAAAUAAAGUAUUUUCAUUCGAAAAGGUUUUUAAAUGAAACUAUUUUUCAAUGGAACAAUAAUAAUAGUUUAUACGGUCUCAUAGUGGGAUAUGUCUUUUGGGUUAAAUAUAUAAUAAAAACUUUAAGUUUAUGGCCUACUUAUUUGAAGAUCGUCUCACUAUGAAAUGGUCUAUAAACGCGCUGAUAAUAGUUUUUAUGUUUAGUUGAUGAAUAAACUAAUGAAAAGUUGAGAUUUUGAUUGUGGGAGAGUGAAGAAAAUUAGUUUUCUUUCAGUUUAGGACCGAAUUAUAUGUUAAUAAAAGGAUUAAAAAAUUUCUUUUUUUUAAUUAAAUUAUUUUUGUAGGAAACCAUCUCAAUUAAAAAAAAAGUGUUAUAUGAUGUAAGAAAAAUGGCCUAAGAUGGAUUUGUCUGAUUAUUUAUUACUAUUGAUUAAGGAUUGUUCAAUGAUGGAUGAGUAUGGAUUCAUUAAUGUGCUUAAUGAUCUUCAAAUGUUGGUAAGUAAAUUUAUUUAUGUGUAAUAAAACAGAGCUCAUACUUACAUGUAAGAGUAUUUAUUGGAAGAUUUUGAAGUCAUUUUUUCUUAUAAAAAAGCCAA